CGAGGCCGGCGGGGCCCGCGGCCCGCAAACGCUGAGGCCAGAGCCCCCUCCCCGGCCCCGCGCCCGCGCCAUGCCGCGGGGGAGGUGCCGCGCCCCUGGCCCGCGUCCCCGCCAUGGAGGUGCUGCGGCGCUCCUCGGUCUUCGCCGCCGAGAUCAUGGACGCCUUUGACCGCUCGCCCACCGACAAGGAGCUGGUGGCCCAGGCCAAGGCGCUCGGCCGGGAGUUCGUGCAUGCGCGACUGCUGCGCGCCGGCCUCGCCUGGAACGCGCCCGAACGCGCCGCUCCCGCCCCCGGAGGCCGCCUGGCGGAGGUGUGCGCGGUGCUGCUGCGCCUAGGAGAUGAGCUGGAGCUGAUCCGGCCCAGUAUCUACCGCAACGUGGCUCGUCAGCUGAACAUCUCCCUGCAGUCUGAGACAGUGGUGACCGACGCCUUCCUGGCCGUGGCAGCACAAAUCUUCUCCGCAGGCAUCACGUGGGGCAAGGUGGUGUCCCUGUACUCAGUGGCUGCGGGGCUGGCCGUAGACUGUGUGCGGCAGGCCCAGCCCGCCAUGGUCCACGCUAUCGUCGACUGCCUCGGGGAGUUUGUGCGCAAGACCCUGGCGCCCUGGCUGCGGAGGCGCGGCGGAUGGACCGAUGUCCUCAAGUGUGUGGUCAGCACCGAGCCCGGCUUCCGCUCACACUGGCUGGUGGCCGCACUCUGCAGCUUCGGCCGCUUCCUGAAGGCCGCCUUCUUCGUGCUGUUGCCAGAGAGAUGAGCCGCUGGCUCGGGCAGAGGCCGAAGCCAGGCUCUCCGACCCAGGAGACCCCCGGCCCUCGAAAGCGCCAACGUCCUCCCCAACCAGGCUGGGAACGCUCCGAUCCUCAGAGCCCCGCCUCGGUGCCGGAGGCCCUGCCCUGAGCCCCUCGUCCACAGACCCUGGCCCUCUAGAAGGGGAAGCAGGGGGGGCCUCCCUGGCCUGGAGCUGGGUUUCAGUGCCUUCCCCUGGAACCCUUCCCUGUCCUCUUCCAUCUGGAGCCAUGAAGCCAGGGUCACCAUCCAGGUCCCAAAGGAAGGGGGCUGGGAACGCCAGGCUGUCACUUGAUGCCCGGGUCCCGUCCGUGAAGGGUGACCACGUCAGGACGUGAGCUGGGCUGUGGGCCCUGCACAUUCAGUCGGAAGGAGACCCUGGCCUGGCCAAGGCUGGAGGAGCUGUGGGGUCUUACUGACCUUGUAAACAGGGCAUAGAGCUCAAGUGCUGGUUGCUUAAUCCAUUUCUGGAGGGAGCGCGUGUCCCCCUCCCAUGGCAGGGAGGCUGUGUUGUGGGGACCAGGGGUGUGGGCUCCAAGCCGGCACGCCUGACCUGAGGGCACAGGAGCCUGUGAACAAGAAGGCUGGUGUGUGUGCGUUCAAUCCCAAUAAAGUUUCAUGGCAACGGA